GUGGAGAGUAAACACAAGCAGAAGAAAAAAAAGAAGAAUAAAGGACAUCACAGCCCGCCCAGUCAGAAAUCAAAACAGAGCUCGCCCAAGAACUCCAAAGAGGAGGCUGCACCUCCACAGGAUUCACCUGUUGUCCUCCGGGACACUGCUACUGUCCCAGAUGCCAAAGCACCGCCAUCUUUACCCCCAACCCCACAAGAACAAGCAGCAGGUUUAGACAUUGAACAAACGCCUCCCCGCCAGCUGUCUGAAGCCACUCUGUCUCAGCAGCAAGAGGAGGUACUGACAGAUCACCCCUGCACAUCUUUGCCUGAAGAGGGCAACACAGCUAAAGAAUCAGCACCCACAACCAACUCUGUGAUAUUAGCCAACAAAUUGGACUCUUCCAAAAUUCAAAACUCACAGGCAACAGAACUGCCAGCAAGCAGUAUACAGAGCAUCUCGGAACAUUUAGAAAAUUCUGCAGAUAGUGGCCCUAAACAGGAGUCAGUUGCCGAACUGACACAAACUAGUGAAAGUGUCCGCAAAUCUUUGUCUGUAAACCACAAAGUCAGUGAGGAGAAUGAAACUCAGGACUUGGUUGCCAGACUUGAUGCUGGCGACAAGAAGGAACAGAUUUCAGAAGUGGAUGAAGAAACAGGCCCAGUUAAACCGUCCUCUGAGAGGACAGUAACCAGAGGUAGUAGAAAAGAUGGCAGGCUCCAGUAUGACAGUGCUUACCUUUUGGAACUCAGGGAUUGUCCGUCUUCUCAGGCCAAACCAAAGGGAUUGCCUGACUUGCCGGAGAUUAUCUUAGAUUUGCCACUUACUGGAAGUCGUCGAGCAAACACAGUGGAUUUCACCCCAGCAUUCUUCCAGCCCAGCGGAAACGUGAGGAAUGCGCCGCUAAUAGGCAGCACAAGCAGCCGCAACAGGCAGAGACCUGACCUCAUGAUGCCCCAACGGGUCAUCAAAAGUGUGUCUUUACAAGACAGCGUCAAGCCUUUACAUCAGAGUGAGAAGCCUUGGAAGCCUACCCCAAAGCAGCUGUCUGCCGGGGAAAUUGCUGAAAAGAAUAAGACACUGGAGUCUCAAGUGCUGUUUAUAAUGAAUCGACUGACACCAACAAACUUUGAGAAACUGGCAGAGGAAAUGAAAAGCCUGAAUAUUCAGACGUAUGAGGAUCUUCAAGCUCUAGUCAAUAUCAUCUUUGACAAGGUGACGAUUGAAACCAAGUUUGUGGAAGCCUAUGCGCAGCUAUGCAAGGUCAUGUCUUCACUGAAGGUCCCCCCGCCACCUGACAGCAACAUCAAGCCGGGCCAAGCCACCUUCCGUGUGGUGAUGCUGACCAAAUGCCAGCAGGAGUUUGAAGCUGACAAGACCUCCAUCUUUGAGGAUCCAGAGGAAAAGCGGAAAAAGAUGGAAGCAGAACUACCGGAAGGCCCUGAUAAAAAUGCCAAGAUUGAAAGCACCCUCUAUCAGAUGAAGAUGAGGAGGUUAAAGUUUUAUGGAAACAUCAGGUUUAUUGGAGAACUGUUCAAGCUGAAGAUGCUGACCGAGAACAUCAUGCAUGACUGCAUCUUCAGGCUGUUGAAGGCUAAAGAUGAUGACUCUCUAGUUUCCUUAUGCAACCUAAUCGCAACAGUGGGCAAGGAUCUGGACACCGACAAAGCCAAGAGCAAGAUGGACCAGUAUUUUUCACAGAUGGCCAAGAUAGCAGAAGAGCGCAAAUCAAGAAUCAAAUUCACCCUCAAGGAUGUCAUUGAUUUAAGAAAUCACAACUGGAUUCCACGCAAGGAACAGACAGGGCCCAAGAAAAUUGAAGACGUCCAUAAAGAUUUUCAACAUGAGCAGGCCACAAAGCAGUUCUUACAGUCGCAGCCCUUGCCACCUCGCAUGGAAGCUGCCCAGACUAGUAAUCGACGGGGAAGUAAGCCACGCCAGGAGGAAAAGCAACCUACAGAUGAUGGGUGGAAUACUGUUGGGGUCAAGGUACAGAGGAUAGAUGCAUCCAAAAUGAGAUUGUCCAAGAAUGUAGUGGAUGAAAACAACAUCCAGCUGGGACCAGGAGGAGGGAUGAAGCAGUUCUCCAACUGGACCAGGGGUAGCUUUGGGGGUGUCCAGCCAGCUCAGGACGCUGAAAGACCUGCUGCCAACAGAUUCUCUGCACUUCGGGGUGAAGAAGAACGCAGGAGCUUCCAGAGGUCACCGGCUCGUGGGGACAGCGGUGCUGCUCCAGCCAGAGGGCCAAGACAGGGCCCCACUGCUGGGCACGGUCGGGGCAAGGUGCUUCAGAGGUCUAGCCAGGAAGGAGACCGGAGGGACAGUACUAGCCGGUUAGUAUUUUGGUUGGGAGGAAGGCCACAAGAUUUCGCAAGAGAUGACAGUUGGAACCGGGAAGAUCGUCGGCAGCCAAUCCCGUCUAGAGGAUCUCGCGAGGGUGAAAACCAGAUGACUCGAAGCACUGGCUCCCUGCGGCCCAGUGACACAUUUAUUCCACAGAAUCUGGUGUCUUCAUCUCUUCCUGCCACACCUGCUGGUGGUGGCAGUGGCUUCACAGAUGGGCAGGUGGUCAAGUUGAAACCUCUGUCAGAAGAGGAAAUGGAACACAAAGCCAAGACCAUCCUAGAGGAGUACCUUAGUGCAAUGGACCUGGAGGAGGCGAAGCUGUGUGUAAAGGAACUGGAGGGUCAAAAACAUAUCAGCUUGUUAGUAACUACGAGCAUCAACGAGGUCCUGGAGAAGACCCACAAAGAGAGGGAUCUAGCAGGUUCUUUUCUCCAUGAGAUUGUCAAGCACGGCCUUGUUCCCAUGGAUGUGUUCUUGAAGGGGUUUGCAGAAGUGCUGUCAUUUGCUGAAGACAUGGUGAUAGACAUUCCAAAGAUCUGGACCUACCUGGCACAGAUCAUCGUUCCUAUGCUUCUUGGUGGCUCACUGUCCUGGCCAACAUUAUCGACCACACUCAAGUCCAACCUGGACAAGAAGGGCUGUGCCAAGCUCUUGGCUGAAAUCGUGUCAGUGGCCAGGGAUAAGACUAGCGAGAGGGAUGUUGCCCUCAUGUGGCAGGCAAACAACAUGAGCUGGGAAACCUUCCUCGAUGCAGAGGAGGUGUCGCAGUUUCUCAUAGACAAGAAACUACAGUUCACAGUGGAGCCUGCCGCUGGCGUCGCUGCCGCUUCCAGCCAUUUGAAUGUGCAGAAGUUGGUGCAGGAUGUGGAGAGCAUUGUCCGCAGAAAUGGCACCAAUGAGGAGGUCUUAGCCUGCAUUGAUAAAUAUGCUGAUUCAGACAGGGACGACAAACAGUUUAUACGUGCUGUGGUUACUGCAGUAGUCAAUGCUUCAAUAUCACCCACCACAAAGAAGCUGAUUGAGGAAGUGUUAAAGUCUCGAGUGGAGAUCCUUCAGCACUACAUCCAGAACAGGCCGGACAUGGAGCUUCAGGCUCUGUACGCCAUUCAGGGCCUCAUGCACAAGCUGGAGCAUCCCUCUGGUGUAAUAGCCCAAAUCUUCAACACACUGUAUGACGAGGAAGUAAUUGGUGAGGAGACUUUCAAACAAUGGGAGAAGAGCACUGAUCCUCAAGAAGCAGAGGGGAAAGGUGCCUGUUCCUUACAAUUAACCCAGUUCUUCGCCUGGCUACGAGAAAAUGAUGAGCCGGAAGCCUCCUGA